UGAAACCAUAUAGCUGAAGUACAUUUGCAUUGCUCCAAGAAGGACCCUCUAGAUCUGCAGAGACAGAAAUUAGCCAUAUGCUCAUGCAACUCACAUAAGGGUAGAGUGAGACUUUCAGCUUGGAGGCAGCAGAACAGUAUUCUGAAAGCAAUCGACAGCUUAGACACUACAAAUACCAGAGCAAAGGAAGACUUUUACCAUGGAGUCCCAGGGAAUGUCUGGCCGUCAGCUGCUUGUCAAAAAAUUUAAACCAACAGACACAACAAUAUUCAAGACGAUGGAAGAUAUUCCUGAAACCGUCACACAUGCCUCUUAUGUUCCAAAACCUCUAUCAAAAUUAGUAAGAUGUGGACCAAAACAUUUAGAAGAAGGUUUUCCAACGAUAAAAGGAGAUCCACGCACUUUCAACUUUACCACCCAUUACAAAGAUAUUUUUAAGAAACAUCUUCACCAGCGUGUGCAGCCUGUUAGAAAGCAUUACUCCACCGUCAUCAUAGGCGACCCUGAGAAAGGUUCAGAAACUAAGACAAUAUACGGAGAAUCGUACCCCUACCUCAAUCUCAGCAGUUUUCACAAACAGCCGAAGAAGAAGGAUAAUCAGGUGCUCAACCCGAGCGAUGUCUUCAAUGGCUCCUGGAUCUCGACCUUCAAAGAUGACUUUAGAGGCCACAAAGUUGACCUUCAGGGAAUCUCCUCCCAGGACACGAGUAUCCUGAGAGCUACCAGCGACUUUCAACCAAAACUAAGCGUCCUGACGGAGCAAGACUUUCCUAUAAGCAUGACACACGCCAGCUUUAUUCCACAUCCACCAUCAAAACUGGUAAAACCCAAAGUCAGUCAUUUAGAAGAAGGUUUUCCAACAAUAAGAGGAGAUCUACGUGCUCUCAACUUUCUCUCCCAAUACAAAGACACCUUUAGGAGGCAUUUUGUCCAACCAAUAGAGCUGGCUGAAAGGCAUUACUCGUCCGUCUGUAUGGGUGAUCCUGCAAAGAGUUCAGAGAAACAGACAUCAUAUUCAUCUGCAUUCCCUCAGAUCUCCGUCAACAGUCCAACGAAGCCGAUACGUCAGGAUGAGUUGAGACGUAGAUAUGACUACAAAAACGACUGGGCCACCUCCUUCAGAGAAGACUUUAAACCCCACAGAGUCGAGCCUAUUGUCCAAGUAAACCAGGUCCAGAAAGUCAGCUCUCUGCCCUUUGACAAGGAGCGAAGCGCAGAAGACAUUCCUUUAACCACCAACAACAUCUUCUACUCAAGUCAGAAAGGCUCACAGCUUCCAAUCUCUUUACCUGAUCUCGACUUGAUUACGAAAAGUAACGUCUAUUUUGGCCCAGAAAGUGAGUCAAAAGAAAGCUACAAAAAAACUGAGGAGCGCAUCCAACAGGCCGUAGAUCAACCCAAACCAGUUUCUUAUCCGAAGAGUUACAUUCUGACCGGACCAGAUUUGGAGCCAAAAAUCAGCAUGACAAUGGCUGACUUCAAGCCUAAGAAGAUCACGCAACAGCCGCAGUGUGAGUCGCAGAGAUCGACCAACUUCAAGUUCCCGCUGAGCGACAUGAGUUUCAGCACAAACUACAAGGAUGACUACAUCGUGAGGCCGUUGUUCCCGCCGCCCACUCCGUUCGACCAGCGCCACAGCAACGUUAAGCUGAGAUGAUCGUGAAUCAAAGCUGGAUUUUGGCUCCUAAUAAAUAUUUCUGAACAGUUUUAAUACAGUAAG